CACUUUCUGUGUAACAAAUUAAAAGCCUUCAGCGCUUAUAUUAUACCCACAUUGCACAGCACCUCUCCUGGACUACAAAGGCAGAGAAACUAAUGGAAGACCAGCAAGAGAAGAACACGGCACUCUGGGACCUUCUAAUGGAAGUUUAGUACAUAGUCUGUAUGUAUAUUUGUCCAGGACAACCACAUUACACACUGUGAAUCAUUGUCACUCAAGCUUCACAAUGUCAACCUCUGUCGGCUUCUACCUGUGGAGGACAGUUUUCAUUCUGUGUCUGGUAAACCCUUUAAUGCAAGGUCUAAAUGGAGAAGAAUCUAACCAUCAUCAUAAGGAAACCAAUAUCACGGGACUUCAAAUAGUCAAAUUUCAAUGGCAUCACGUGGAGGCGCCGUACCUGGUGAUACUGUGGGUAUUUGUGGCAGGUGUGGCAAAACUAUCAGUGAUUGAACUAAACCUCAAUGUCACCAGUGUGAUUCCAGAAAGUGGCAUGCUCAUCAUUAUAGGAUUUAUUUUGGGAGGAAUCGUGUGGGCAGCGGACAUGGAGCAGACUUUCAAACUGACACCAACCAUCUUCUUCUAUUACUUACUUCCCCAAAUCAUCUUGGAUGCGAGUUACUUCAUGCCCAACAAGCUCUUUUUCAGAAACCUGGGUUCAAUUCUCAUUUACGCUAUCGUUGGAACGUGCUGGAACGCGGCUGCCGUGGGCCUCUCGCUGUGGGGCUGCUAUGAGGCGGGUGCCAUGGGUCAAAUGGACAUUGGUCUUCUGCAGUUCCUCCUGUUUGGUAGUCUGAUCGCUGCUGUGGACCCCGUGGCAGUGAUCGCUGUUUUUGAGGAAGUGCAUGUGAAUGAAGUGCUCUUUAUCCUGGUGUUUGGAGAAUCACUGCUCAAUGAUGGAGUGACAGUGGUGCUUUACAAUGUAUUUGAUGCCUUUGUUGCUCUUGGAGGUCCAAGGAUUAACGCCACAGAGAUAUUCAAUGGCAUAGUGUCAUUUUUCGUGGUGGCUUUUGGAGGUUCGUUUCUUGGGAUUCUAUUCGCUGUUCUGCUGUGCCUGCUCACCCGGCGCACCAAAAACAUUCAAAUCAUUGAAGCUGGCUUUAUCUUUGUGGUUGGAUACCUGUCGUACCUGACAGCAGAGAUGUUAUCCCUUUCUGCAAUACUUUCGAUCACCUUCUGCGGGGUCUGCUGUCAGAAAUACAUCAACGCCAACAUGGUAGAGAAAUCCGUAACAACAGUCCGUCACACCAUGAAAUUGUUAGCGAACGGCUCCGAGACCAUUAUAUUUCUAUUUCUGGGCAUUACAGCAAUUGAUAAAGCCAUCUGGGUUUGGAACACUGGCUUCAUAAUACUCACGCUGAUCUUUGUCUUCAUUUACAGAAUCAUAGGUGUUUUCUUUCUUACCUGGAUCCUCAAUAAGUUUAGGCUGGUUCCCAUAGAGGUCAUCGAUCAGGUUGUGAUGAGCUACGGUGGCCUGCGGGGGGCAGUGGCAUAUGGACUGGCAGCCAUGUUGGAUGAGGACAGGAUAAAAGAGAAAAACUUAAUGAUUAGUACCACGCUUAUCGUAGUGUAUUUCACCGUCAUUCUUCAGGGAAUCUCGAUGAAGCCAUUGGUUCAAUGGCUUAAGGUGAAACGGGCGUCUCAUUCUGACUUGAAACUUGUGGAAAAACUGAACAAUAGGGCUUUUGACCACAUAUUGGCGGCAGUUGAAGACAUUUGUGGACGUAUUGGAGAUAACUGGUGGACAAGAGGCUGGAACAGGUUUGAGGAAAAGUAUAUCAGCUGGUUGUUGAUAAAACCUAAAGCUAGAAAGAACAGAGAUUACCUCUUUAGUAUCUUUCACAAACUCAAUCUGGAAGAUGCCAUCAACUAUGUCAGUCAGGGUGAACAACAAGGUUCUCUGGCCUUUGUUCGGAGUGAGCAGGCAGCAAACAUAGAUUUCAAAAAGCAGUUUGAUUCAGAAUUUGGUGACAUGAUGCCUGAUAUGAUGGGUGAUAUGAAUUAUGAGAAGGGAAUCGAAAACAAUGCCGUCACCUCCUUUGUUAGAGACAGCAUUCCCUCUGUGUGCCUUGACAUCCAUGGACAAGACAGGAAGAAAUCGGUUGAUGACUUUAAUGCCCAUCAUCUUCUACAGCAACAUCUAUACAGAAGCAGAAAACAUCACCGUCACAAAUACAGUCGUAGUCACUUUAGCAUCAACCAGAGUGCGGACGAAAUGCAGGAGAUCUUCCAGAGGACCAUGAGGAGCCGUCUUGAGUCCUUCAAAUCUGCUAAAAUGAGUGUCAACCCGGCCAAAAAAAUCAAGCACUACAGGAAGGACCCGACACAUAUGAUGGGUAAUGGACACGCAGAGAGUGCAGACAAUCUUUAUAAAGUUGAAGGCGACACUGCUUUGAAUAGUGAGACAAGUGCCAAAAAAAAACAUUUCACAUUAGACACAUACAGAGUGAAAGCUGGCAUAGAAAAUCCAGCAUUCAUGCCAGAUAUGGACAUGGACACAGCCAUGCAAAGCCCGCCCUGGUUAACAGAGACAGAGAUGGACACGGUUGUCGCACCUUCCCAAAGGGCCCAGCGACGCCUUCCUUGGACUCCCAGCAGGCAGCGGCGACUGGCGCCGAUGAGGAUCAGCAACAGUUCCACAGACUCCUUCCUCAUGGCUGAUGUUUUCAUAACUGAAGAUGUGUCUGAGGAACCGGAUCAAAAAGACCAAACAAAAAUGUAACGACCUGUUUUGUUCGUGAAAAUAAAUCUGAAAAACUUGUGUGA